AUGCCUGAUCUGCUCGCUAUCACAUCAGGAAUUGCCGGGCUGCUCUCGCUUGGUAUUCAAGUCACCCAGUCUUUGGUCACUUUUUACACUGCAUACAAGGAACAAGACACUGAUCUGGCAAAGAUUACGCAGAAUCUCAACAAUCUUCUAGGCAUCUUUCGAGCCCUCGAUAUUGCAGUAGAGGAACGCCGAUCUCAGGCUGACACGCAAGAUCUACUCCAAGAAGUUGAGAAGGCGGUACAGAAAUGUGAGGAAAUCAUCACUGAGCUACAGAGCGAGUGUGAGAAAUUCCAGAAAGAUUCAGCCACCAGUUUAAAGGAUCGCGUUAAGGUUGCUGGGUGUCGCGCGGCCUAUCCAUUUCGCAAAAGCACCCUACAGAAGCUUGAAGAGGACAUCAGCAACAUACAGGAAAACCUAUCAGUUGCACUCGAGAUACUGCAGCUGAAGAGCCAGACUCAGAUCCAAGAUGGUAUAUUGGAAGUAAAAUCACUUGUCGAGCGAACAAAUGCUAGUCAAGUCGCUUUCACCAUCCGUUGCUGGCUUAUGGCACCAGAUGCAUCUCUCAACCACAAUGCAAUGUGUGCGAAAUGUCAUCCAAGCACAGGUCUAUGA